AUGAGUUUCCAAGCUCGUGGCGGCCUGACGUCACAGUGGUGCGCGAUGGCAGCAGCGAUGGCCGCACUGGCCACCGUCACUACCGUCGGCAACAUAGCCGUGUUGAUAGCGUUGCGGCGCACGCGCACUGCGCCCGCGCACUACCCACUCGCCAGUUUGGCCACGGCAGAUCUAUUGGUUGGUCUGUUCGUGUUGCCCGUCGCUGCUGCGCGGGAGCUGUUUGUGUUUCAAUCUAGUAAGUAUCAAGCGUGGGAGAGCCAUGCUUCGGCACGAAUGGCUCGGCUCGACCGGAGUGAUACCACGGCCUCACAGAAAACCGGCGAUAAACAACCACAGCGUUGUGUUUCGCAGUAUUGGAUAAUCUGCAGUUGCUGGAAGAUCAUGGACAUCAUGGGCUGCACUGCAUCCAUCCUGUCUCUAUGCUGUUUGGGCUGGGAGCGCUGGUGCGGGAUCACUGCUCCUUUAGCUCGAGCCAGACGCGCGAAAUUAGCCAGACUUUACGCUUGUCUGGUCUGGCCAGUUUCCUUGGCUGUAGCGUUGCCAACUGCGUUCAUACCAUCCCCGAAGACCUUGCAGAUUGAGGUGGAUAAAGGAUGUCCUGAUAAUACGCAUAUUGGCUACGUGUUCUACUGCGCUUCUCUAUCGUUCUACCUGCCAGCCAUAAUGAUGGUGGUGCUAUAUGCUCGCAUCCUGUGCGCUCUCUCUGUGCCACUGGAGAUCCGAUCUCACCGAGGAGCGGUGCAAGGUCCAGACACUAGUCAAGUGGGUAAAACUUCCGCUGUUACAAGAUGUGCUUCCACGGAACUUGUUGCCCUACCACAGAAUAACCAGACUAAUACUGAAAGCUCCAUCAUGUCCCGUCAGCAGCGCGCCACCCGUACCAUAAUCAGGCUGAUGGGGCUGUUCCUAUUCUGCUGGACUCCAUUCUUCAUUGUGCUGCCAGUUGAUGCCAUCUGCCACUGCGUUUGGGAACCUAUAUGGCAGGUGUGCACGUGGCUAGGGUUCACCAACUCUGCGCUGAACCCGCUAGUGUAUGCUGCGGCCUCGCCCAGCGUAAGGCGGGCCCUGCACGCUUCCUUGACUAGCUCCGUCCGAGCUGAAUUGCCUUUGACACCGAAUGUUAGAAACUGUUGUUGA